CGAAUCUGGGUUCAUCCGACACCAGCCACCUCCAUUAUGCCACCUAAGUUCUAUCCCAAUGAAAUCAAAGUCGUGUACCUGAGGUGCACUGCUGAUGAGCUGGAUGCCAUGUUCGCCCUGGCCCCCAAGAUCAGCCCCCUGGAUCUGUCUCCAAAAAAAGUUGGUGAUGAUAUUGCCAAGGCGACAGGUGACUGGAAAGGACUGAGGAUUCUUGUGAAGCUGACUACUCGGACCAGACAGGCCCAGAUAGAAGUGAUACCUUCUGCCUCUGCCUUGAUCAUCAAAACCCUAAAGGAGCCACCAAGAGACAGAAAGAAAAAGAAAAACAUUAAACACCAUGGAAACAUCUCUUUUGAUGAGAUUGUCAACACUGCCCGGCAGAUGCGGCACCAAUCUUUAGCCAGAGAACUUUCUGGAACCAUUAAGGAGAUCCUGCCCAAUCUGUGGGGUGUAAUGUUGGUGGCCGCCACUCUCAUGACAUCAUAG